GUAAAAAAAAAACAGGACAGACUGGUGGGAAGUGUUUAGUUGGCUGUCAUCAGAUAGAGGCUUUUCAACUUGCUGUUGAUGUUUCCUCAGGCUGAAGCCAUGGGAAUCUUUCUACGGUAACUUCACAGUGAAUCUUUGUGGGCUCAAUGUUUUACACUUGUGUGGAGUGUCUAAAAUACCUGUAACAUGUUCUCUUUUCUAGUGUGGUGCUGCUCUCGCUUCUACUUAUUGUGGAGCUUCAAGCAAGCGUUAGAUGUGAGGCUGAAUUUCAUAAUGCACUUAUGAUUCCAAGAUUAUAGUUUUGAAAAUGACACUGAUAAUAUGUGGUGUUUAUACUCAGAAAAAAAAAGAUUUAAAUGUCAGUUUAAGUAACUAGAUUUUUUUUUUCCUUUUUUUGAAUUGUAUUCAGCUUCUUAUGAUGAAAAUCAGCCUGGAAAUGGAGACAUGGGCUAUAAGCCCAGUGACUACACUUACCAACCAACACAGCGGCCUCAGUUAUCAGGCCUGUGGGGCAGACAACAAGUCCCAGUAGCUAGAUAUCAGCAGCAGCCUCAGGCACCCAGUUUUCAGGCCAAGCAGCAGCCUCAGGCUCCCAGUUUUCAGGCCAAGCAGCAGCCACAGGCUCCCAGUUUUCAGGCCAAGCAGCAGCCUCAGGCUCCCAGUUUUCAGUCUAAGCAGCAGCCCCAGGCUCCCAGUUUUCAGGCCAAGCAGCAGCCUCAGGCUCCCAGUUUUCAGGCCAAGCAGCAGCCUCAGGCACCCAGUUUUCAGGCCAAGCAGCAGCUUCAGGCUCCCAGUUUUCAGGCCAAGCAGCAGCCUCAGGCACCCAGUUUUCAGGCCAAGCAGCAGCCACAGGCUCCCAGUUUUCAGGCCAAGCAGCAGCCUCAGGCACCCAGUUUUCAGGCCAAGCAGCAGCCACAGGCUCCCAGUUUUCAGGCCAAGCAGCAGCCUCAGGCACCCAGUUUUCAGGCCAAGCAGCAGCCUCAGGCUCCCAGUUUUCAGGCCAAGCAGCAGCCACAGGCUCCCAGUUUUCAGGCCAAGCAGCAGCCUCAGGCUCCCAGUUUUCAGGCCAAGCAGCAGCCUCAGGCUCCCAGUUUUCAGGCCAAGCAGCAGCCUCAGGCUCCCAGUUUUCAGGCCAAGCAGCAGCCUCAGGCUCCCAGUUUUCAGGCCAAGCAGCAGCCUCAGGCUCCCAGUUUUCAGGCCAAGCAGCAGCCUCAGGCUCCCAGUUUUCAGGCCAAGCAGCAGCCUCAGGCUCCCAGUUUUCAGGCCAAGCAGCAGCCUCAGGCUCCCAGUUUUCAGGCCAAGCAGCAGCCUCAGGCUCCCAGUUUUCAGGCCAAGCAGCAGCCUCAGGCUCCCAGUUUUCAGGCCAAGCAGCAGCCAGAGGCUCCCAGUUUUCAGGCCAAGCAGCAGCCAGAGGCUCCCAGUUUUCAGGCCAAGCAGCAGCCAGAGGCUCCCAGUUUUCAGGCCAAGCAGCAGCCAGAGGCUCCCAGUUUUCAGGCCAAGCAGCAGCCAGAGGCUCCCAGUUUUCAGGCCAAGCAGCAGCCAGAGGCUCCCAGUUUUCAGGCCAAGCAGCAGCCAGAGGCUCCCAGUUUUCAGGCCAAGCAGCAGCCAGAGGCUCCCAGUUUCCAGUCAAGUCAGCAGCCCCAGCCCCCUAGUUUUCAGUCUAAGCAGCAGCCAUCUUACCGGCCCAGACCUCAGCUCCAGCAAAUGGCAUACAAGCCUGAGCCCCAGCAGCCAGUGUACCGGCCUAAGCCUCAGGCUGAGCCCCAGCGGCCAGCGUACCCUUCCAAGCCUCAGGCUGAGCCCCAGCAGUCAGCGUACCAGCCCCAGCAACCUGCAUACCAGCCCCAGCAGCCAGCGUACCAGCCCAAGCCCCAGCAGCCUGCAUACCAGCCCAAGCCCCAGCAGCCAGCGUACCGGCCCAAGCAGCCUGCCUACCGGCCCAAACCUCAGCCUCAGCAGCCAGCGUACCAGCCCAAGCCUCAGCCCAAGCAGCCAGCGUACCUGCCCAAACCUCAGCAGCCUGCAUACCAGCCCAAACCUCAGCCCCAGCAGCCAGCCUACCAGCCCAAACCUCAGCAGCCUGCAUACCAGCCUGCAUACCAGCCCAAACCUCAGCCCCAGCAGCCAGCGUACCAGCCCAAGCCUCAGCCCCAGCAGCCAGCGUACCAGCCCAAGCCUCAGCCCCAGCAGCCAGCGUACCGGCCCAAACCUCAGCCGCAGCAGCCUGCGUACCGGCCCAAGCCCCAGCAGCCUGCAUACCAGCCUGCGUACCAGCCCAAGCCUCAGCCCCAGCAGCCAGCGUACCGGCCCAAGCCUCAGCCCCAGCAGCCAGCGUACCGGCCCAAGCCUCAGCCCCAGCAGCCAGCGUACCGGCCCAAGCCUCAGCCCCAGCAGCCAGCGUACCUGCCCAAGCCUCAGCCCCAGCAGCCAGCGUACCGGCCCAAGCCUCAGCCCCAGCAGCCAGCGUACCGGCCCAAACCCCAGCCGCAGCAGCCUGCAUACCGGCCCGUGUACCAGCCCAAGCCUCAGCCCCAGCAGCCAGCGUACCAGCCCAAUCCUCAGCCCCAGCAGCCAGCGUACCAGCCCAAACCUCAGCCGCAGCAGCCAGCGUACCAGCCCAAACCUCAGCCGCAGCAGCCAGCAUACCAGCCCAAACCUCACCCGCAGCAGCCAGCAUACCAGCCCAAACCUCAGCCCCAGCAGCCAGCAUACCGGCCUAAACCUCAGCAUUCCUAUCAGCCAUGGCCACAGCCAGAGCAGCCAACAUUCAAGCCUCAGUCUGGGCAAAGGGCCUGGAAGCCUGAGUACCAGCCCAAGCCCCACUAUCCAAUGUACCAGUCUCAGCCCAUGCAGCCAGUUUACCAGCCUCAGCCCAAGCCUACACCUCAGCAACCAUCAUACCAGUCCAGUGGUAAUAUUCAAAGAGGUCAACCGGCACAGUCUGAACCUGCACCCAGCAGAAGUGAUUCUUCAGGGUAGGUUUGAUUGAUUAUAGUUUGCAUAUUCUUUAAGUUCUGCCUAACUUCUUAUGAGAUUUUUAUUUUUUUAUUUUUUUUUUUAGUAUCACUGGUCCCCAUCUUAACUAUGGAAGUCAAGGGCAAUUUGUAUACAACUAG